AUGACAGCAACCACGGUCACGGAUAUUAACCGAGCAGAAUUGCCAGAUCAACCAGUAUCUGCCAAUCAUGCGGCCGCCGAAGCGGUCCCAGACCUGUCCCGUAAGCGUCUGUACGUACUUGGAUUAGCUUUGGCCCUCACCAACGUCGUCGUCGCUUUUGACACUACCAUUCUUGUGCUCGAAGUAGGCUCCAUCAUCUGCGCGACCGCGUCAUCGUCUCCCAUUCUCAUCCUAGGCCGCGCCAUCUCUGGGUGCGGCUCCGCCGGUGUUUCGGCCGGCGCGUUCGCAAUAAUCGGACAUCUUGCCCCUCUGCGGGAGCGGCCGCGCAUCAUCGCCAUGUUUAUGGCACUGCAAUCGGUCGCGUUCGCUGCUGGGCCGACCUUGAGUAGUGUCUUCACGAGCUCUGCUGUUACGUGGAGGUUCAAUUUCUGGGUCAACUUGCCUAUCGGUUUCGGUGCUCUCUUCUUUGUGUGGUUUGCCGUCCCAAGGGACUUCAACGACAAGAGACUCUUGCCCUUGUUGGAGAAGCUGAGGCGAUGUGACCCCUUCGGAAGUGUUCUCUUAGCAUUGUGCCUGGUACCUCUAUUUCUCGGGCUGGAAUGGGGCGGCAAUGUCGCGCCAUUCGCCUCGCCCCAAGUAUGGGGAUGCUUUCUCGCCUCCGGGCUCUCUGCAGUUGCCUUCGUCGCUCUGCUGGCUGUGAAAAAGAACAACGCGGUGAUCCCCCUCCGAAUAUUCAAACAGCGCACAAUAGCAGUCUGCAUCUCCUUCUCCGCCCUCUACGGCAUGGCCCAGAUGAUUCACGCCAGCAUGCUGGCCACAUACUUCCAGACAGUCCACGACAUCAGCAUCACCAUGUCCGCUGUGUACCAGAUCCCCUCCACAAUAUCCAGCAUCGUCAGCUCCAUUAUCGCAAACCUCGCCAUCAGCGCGUGGAACCACUACCUGCCCUUCCUGUGGGGUGGUCCGCCUAUCUUCCUUGCGGGGGCGGUCCUGAUGCACACCUUCUCCACGGACAGCGCCCGGGCAGAAUUGUUGGGCUAUCAGGUCCCUGCGGGUAUCGGGUUCGGCCUCGCGGUGUCCACCACGCUUGUUGCUAUUCAGGGCGUUAGCUCCACUGAGGAUUUGGCGAGCGCGUGUGUGGCGGACGCCGUGUCCGCGCAGGUCGGCAGGGCCGUGGGCGUCAGUAUCGCUCAGAAUCUCUUUGUCGGUCUCCUGAACAACGGACUGCGGGAGAUCGUGCCGGCUGAGGAAGCAGCUGCUUUCGCACAGAAUGGGUUGGAGAGGAUGAUUGAGAGCAUGAAGACCAUGGAUGAGGUGAUGAGGCAGCAGUUUCGGGAGGUGCUCAACACGGCAGUCGUUACGGCGCUGCUGAUCCCUGUGGCUGCGCUUUCGAUGGCUAUUGUGGUCUCGUGGUUCGCUGAGCGGAGAGUGCUUGUGCUCAAGACUGUCGUUGAGAGGCAGGCCAUGUCGGAGGAUCAGGCGCCCGGCAAAAUUGAUGGUGUGCAGGAGGAAUCUGUCAUUUUGCAGGACAAGUAG